AUCAUUACUCACACAAUUUAAAUUCAACUAUUUAAUAAAAUGCAGUUUGACGUGACCUACUGUGAUGUUUACACUGAGUAGAAGCUAAUUCUUCAAGUUUAUGAAAGCAACAAAAGCCCAGGUUUCUGUCUGGCUCCGCCGUCAUUUUAAUCACUACCGCCGCGUGGCCACUAGAUGGCGCAGUUGAGGCGCAGCCCGCAGCGUGUUAAUUGUUUCCGCAGAGAGUCGGUCUACCUGGGGCACGUUAAUCGCUUUCUCGUUCAGGGCGGAGGAAACUUCUCCCGUUCUGUUCUUUUUUUUUCCUCAUCAAGGAGGAGCCUGCGGACACACCGACAUGCACGCGAGUGGAGGCUGAGGCGCUCAACUGGGGCUGCGUGGUGUCCGAGAAGCUCACACACGGCCAGUCCUUCGGCGAUGCUCGUCAGACGCCGCGCCACAGAUUGAUCACCGAUCGCCCGCACGCCGAAGCCGCAGUGCAGCGGAGAAACCACACCGGUGCGCCCCCCGAGCCCAAGGACGACGCAGCAAUGUCAGAGAGGAGGGGUCAGAGGAAGUCCAUAUUUCUGUCCUCAUUAUUAGUGUGUUGUAUGUUUGCUAGUGCAGAGUACUCCAGCUGUGGAGAGUAUGAGUUCUUCAACCAGACCAGCAACAGCUGCCAGGCCUGUCCUCAGUGCCAGCCAGGACAGGAGCCACACAUGAGCUGCGGCUACGGCGUGAAGGACGACGACUUCGCCUGCGUGCCGUGCCCGCAGGGGAAGUACUCCAAGGGGAAGUACGAGAUCUGCCGACGCCACAAGGACUGCGACGCCCUGUACAAGGCCACGGUGCGGGUCGCCGGCACGGCGGAGAGCGACGCGGAGUGCGGGCCCUGUCUGCCGGGGUACUACAUGCUGGAGAACAGGCCCAGGAACCUCUACGGAAUGGUUUGCCACUCCUGCCAGAACGCCCCACGCAACACCAAAGAAUGCAUGCAGACCAGCAGGCCGAGGGGAAGUCCUCCAGUUGACCCUGGCAGCACCACAGUGUUGCCUCAUCCAGAUAAAGGUUCCGGGGGACAGGGUCACCUAGCAACAGCUCUCAUCAUUGCCAUGUCUACCAUCUUCAUCAUGGCCAUCGCCAUCGUCCUCAUCAUCAUGUUUUACAUCCUGAAGGCCAAACCGAGUGGCCACGCUUGCUGUUCCGGACAAGUCGUUAAAGCAGUGGAGGCUCAGACCAACAAGCAAGAAGACAAGAAGGACGUCCCCGACAAUGUGGGGAUCUACUCGGAGAAAGACGAGUUUGACAAACUCAAAGCGCCUCCGCAGAAAACAGUGAAGAGUGAAAACGACGCGUCGUCGGAGAACGAGCAGCUGCUGAGCCGCAGCAUCGACAGCGACGAGGAGGCGGCCUCUGAGAAACAAGGGUCGGCCGACGCCGGCGCCCCGAGCCCCGGCUUGUGCCUCGCCAACGGCGGCGGCGCGCACGACCCCUUCCUCCUCCCGCUGCUGCUGGACCGCGACCGCGCCUGCAACGGGACGCCGGCCGGCGGCCACGCCGGCGGCGUGCCGACUGGCCCCGGUCACGUGACCGCCGCCAACCACGUCAGCAGCGCGAGCGCGCUCAACAACAACAACAACAACAAAACCCCCGGGAUGUUACAGAGUCGAAGGAAAAAGAUCCUGGAUCUGUACGCCAGAACCUGCAACGUGACGGAGGGCCUGAGCCCCACGGAGCUGCCCUUCGACUGCCUGGAGAAGGCCAGCCGCAUGCUGAGCUCCACCUACAGCAGCGAGGCGGCCGUGGUCAAGACGUGGCGCCACCUGGCCGAGAGCUUCGGCCUGAAGCGCGACGAGAUCGGCGGCAUGAGCGACGGCCUGCAGCUGUUCGAGCGCGUGAGCACGGCGGGCUACAGCAUCCCCGACCUGCUGACGCGCCUCGUGCAGAUCGAGCGCCUCGACGCCGUGGAGUCGCUGUGCUCCGACGUGCUGGGCGGCGGCGAGGUGGCGGCGGGGCGCCAGGCGCGCGGCGGCUUCCACAGCCAGCUGGCGUGCCCGUCGCCGUGCCCGUCGCCCUCCCAGCGCUGCGCGAGCGUCUGAGCGCGCGUGGGACGCGGACGGACACGCGAUCAGCGCAUCACAUGAAGAGUGUCGCCGGCGCGAGGCUCUUCAUCCGCUGUGGACUUUAAGAAACCAGCAUGCGCAGGUUCAUUAGUUCGCGAGCGUUCAUUAAUUAGACCCAUCCGAGGGACGGGCUGGUUGAACUGUGCGCCGGACGCAGCACGACAACAGCACGUGCCGCAUUUUACGGCGUUUUGAUGAACCCCAUUUGCGGCGAGCGGCUCCAACCGCGCUAACGAAGCGCCUUCCCCGUACGAAGGCACAUUAAUAACACGCGCUCACAACAGCGCGUCCUCUGACUGAACCUCCGGCCUCAUCCUGCCGCCAACACGGGGAGACGUUCGUUUAAAAAAAAAACAAACAAAAAAAAACCCCAAAAGUGACCUGGUUUGACUGCAGCAUCCGUUAACGUUCACGCCGGUGCCUUCGGCGGCGCUGUGAUCACGCGGCAGAGACAGCAGAUACACGCUGCCUACUUAGAAUGCGCUCAUUGCGCGCAGCUGGAAGCGCUAAAAGGCUGCCUUCAUCUGGAGAACACGGCUCGUGAACUUUGGCUGCUCGUGGACCCCCCUGUGCGUCGGGCAGAAAAAAAAAAAUACAUUACGGGUACGGCUAACGGCGUCCCACAUGUUAAGAUCAGACUUUGGAGGACGACGCCUGAACACAAAUCAACUUUUCCCAGCUUUAAUUCUAAGCCUGCCUCUCCGGCAGUGACCCAGUCCGUGACCCCCCCCCCCCCCUCCUCCUUUGCCCCAGCGCUGUGGUCCAAUGCUGCCGCCAGCCAUAAUUAUUCGGCGUGUGGCUCUCCUGGGCCCCUAAUAGGCUGAAGUGUUGUGGUUUACAGAGCGGGUGCAAAGUGCCCGUGAUUUCCAGCACCCAAUUAAGCAUUUAGGGCCACUUAAGCACUGGGGGCCCGGUGGAGAGGCUGUAAAAGGGAGCUGCCGGGGCAGACGCGUGACUAAGUGGCCGCGGGGUCCGCUGCCCUGCGGACGGUGCACGUGUCCGAUGCUGCUCAGCCACACCCCCCCCCCCCCCCCCCCCCUCCCCCCUCCCCCGGGGGACCAAUACAGCAAAUGGGAACAAUAUGCAUUUGCGUGGGUUGUCCACUUCAGCCGAGCCGCACCGUUCGCCGGGACGCUCCCAGAUCGGACGCCUCCCGCCGCCGCCGCGCCCUCUCCCAGUGGCUGAGCUUCCAAUCCGACGCUCAGACAAGCGAUGUCGGGACUCGCUUUGAUCUCACGUCUGGAACGGGCCUCCUUUUUUUUAUCCGGUGCCAGAUGUUGGCAGCCUAACGUCCUGUGACAUAUCUGCACAUAAUCCAGCGCAUCACCUGCUGCCAAGGUUCUUAAUUUUUAUUUUCCGAAAGGCCCCCUUUUUGUUUUGUUCUCUGGGGCUGGACUCCAGUAGGUGAAAUUAAUGGAUGUGCAUGUUUCUAAAGCGUGUAUUCAUCUCCUGUCAAGGCAAAUAAAAAUCGUGACUUUGAAUUGAGGGCCUUCCUGUGGUGGGGUUGUCUUGAUCUAAUCCAGUUCAGUCUUAAACAGGUCCAGCUGGUUAUUUGUAUGAUGAUUUAUAAUGUUGAGCCUUUGUAAAUAAUUGAAUUGAUGGAUUGAAUGAACAUUUGGAUUCCUUAUAGUACCUCAGUAGCACAUACGAUAUAGUGGAACAUGUAGAAACACAAACUCUGUAUAUAUAACUUAUUAUUGUACAUAAUGUAAACUUUAAUAAAAAAACUAAUGCAAUAA